CACGUCUGUGCAUCAGAAGACAUCUUCAUCAAAGAGCUGGAAAAUCAAGGCACAACCUCAAGACUUCCUCUACAGGCGUUGAAAUAAUAAUAAUAAAAAAAUAUAGAAUGGGAGCCUCGGGAGUUCAGAUGGUUUGUGUGGCCCUCGGGGUGAUCGGGCUGAUCGGGACCAUCGUCUGCUGCGCCCUCCCUCUCUGGAAAGUGUCAGCCUUCAUAGGAAACAACAUUGUGACCGCACAGGAACAGCAAGAAGGUCUGUGGAUGCAGUGUGUGAAGCAGAGCACUGGGCAGCAGCAGUGCAAAGUGUACGACUCCAUGCUGGAGUUAUCGUCUGACCUGCAGGCCGCCCGAGCCAUGAUCAUCAUCAGCUGCAUGCUCAGCGGCCUCAGCGUCCUCGUCCUGUUCUGCGGCGCCGACUUCACCACCUGUGUGCAGAACGAAGACGCCAAGCCCAAAAUCUGCCUGGUGGCCGGGGUGGGCCUGCUGCUGGGCGGCCUGCUGGCCAUCAUCCCGGUCAGCUGGUCGGCUCAUAUCACCGUCAGGGACUUCAACAACCCCCUGAUAUUGGCUGCCCAAAAGAGAGAGAUGGGAGCGUCCAUCUACAUCGGCUGGGCGGCCGCCGUGCUGAUGAUUCUGGCCGGAGGUCUGCUCUGCUGCUUCAGCAGACCCAAAUCUGGCGGCUCAGGCGGAACCGCCAAGUACUACAGCAACGGCGCUUCAGCUCCAAACAAAAACUACGUAUAGAGGCUUGAUGUGAGGGACUGGGGUAGACAAGGGGUUAAAAACGAAUAGAUGACGCCAGAGAUUGAUUUAACAGAACGUGUAAAUACUUCAUGCUAAUUAAGACUGGAUGCAAUUAUUACUUCCGUAUUUUUAACAGCAAGUUUUUAUUUCUAGAAUUUUUUUUAGCUGUUUUUCUUUUUUCUUUCAUCCUAUUUUGGCAAAAUUUUCCAUUUUUCUUGAAAUGGAAAUAAAACAUGGUGCAGAAAGAAUCUCUAAGCAGUAAAUUAGGUAUCUCAGUAAUGCAAUACUUCAAGAGAAGAACUGCCCAAAACACUUAUUUUGUUUGCUUAUUUAAUCUUUUAUGCUUCUGUCAUUUAUUUUAUGAUUUCUCUCUUGCUGUUCAGAAAGCUGCCAACAUUAAUCUGUCUGAUAUGUAUGAUUGUGUUUCAGAUACUCCUCAGCUUCUGCAUUACUUUUUAUUGAUAAAACUUUUAUUACAACUUGUUUUGUUCAGUUUCUUUUUUUUGUACAAUGAUCACUGACAAUUCUUAAAACUUGGUGAGAUCAAGAAAUGUUUGGAAAAAUAAAUAAAAUUAA